UCAGCUGUUGUCUCCACAUGACACCCCACCCCCGCGCGUCUAUCAGUGUGGUACCUGGAGAAGCACCUCAGCACAACUUGUUGCGCACUCGUUUUUCCUCCGCGCCCACAGUACUCGUCUCGCACUUUACUUCCAGUGUUCCGGUUCUCCUCACGGUAUCAUGUCCAGGGUCCAGCCAGGUCCAGUUGAUUCAUUAAUAUGAUCUCACAGGGGAGCCAUGGGCCACGGACCGGAUUUGUUUUACCUGACUUUACUGCUGUGGACGAGACGAGGGAACGGACUGGCUGACUUUUCAAACUACCUGUCCAAGAUCCUUAGUAGUCAUUCAGUCUACGCCUGCGACGGCCAUCCUCUCAGACUUACCUGUCCUCGUCACUCCACCAUCUCCAUCCACAAGGCCUUCUACGGGAGCGGCCUGCUGGCCCAGUGGUGCCCAGUAGAACCUCCCCCUGUUGUGGUGGCCUGGGACCGCAGCUGCUCGUCUUUGACUGUCCUGCAAAAGCUGCUGUCAGAGUGUCAGGACCACAGAGACUGUCAGCUGUAUGUCAACCACCUGCUCUUUGGACCCGACCCCUGCCCCGGUACCAGCAAGUACCUCCAUGUGGACUACAUGUGUAAACCAACUGAGCACAAAAGGCGAGUGGCGUGUGAGGGCGAGACCAUGGUGUUACGCUGUAAGCCCCCCCGGGUGCUGAACAUUUAUGCAGCUGUCUAUGGGAGAGGUCUACACCAGGCUGACACCUGCCCCUCAAUCCUGGCCCCAGACCCCCCAUUUGACUGCCUGAACUAUGACGCCAUACAGGUGCUGAACAAGCGGUGCUACAGCAAACAGAGGUGUGCUGUCGCCGUCAGCAACAAAACCUUUAAGGACCCCUGCGCCCCCGGAACCAGGAAGUACCUCAGCGUGCUCUUUUCUUGCGUGCCCUGGACUUUACUGAGGGAGGUGGACGCCAAAAUUCUCAUCACUUUAUCGCCAACAGCAAUCACAGAAAAAGGUCUUCCUGUGGAUGUGGACGUACCGCCUUCCAGAGACAAGGACAGCUCAGGAGCGAUGAUGAGCACCUCCCUCGUCACUUACACCUUCAUUAAAGGUCAGUGUAAAGAAUAUCGCCAUUGCGUCAACACACCGGCAUCCUUUUAUUUACUUGCCAAUCCAGAGCAUCGCGACAUGGCGGCACUGCUUUUCACGUCCAGCGUCUGCGUGGGCCUCGUGGUCACGCUACUCGCCGUAUCAGUCCGAGUGACCUGCAUGGGGCGCCACAGGCUCGAGGUGUAUGAGGAUGAAGAUGGAGAUGAGGAGGAUGAUAAUGAUGAUGAUAAUACAGAGAGAAGCUCUUUAGCGGAGAGGAAGGCCGUCUACUACGACUGGGAGGAUGUGAUGUAUGUGAGCGAGGCGGCGGAGAGGGCGGAGAGGAUUGAGCGCAGAGAGAUGAUUGUGCAGGAAAUCUGGAUGAACGCUUACUUAAACGGAGGCUCCUGUUUAUAAAGAAGCGGUGUCAUCAAAGAUUUUACCCACCUACGGAAGGCUUACUCUCUUCAAUCUUUGAAUGUAACUGUUUUUAUUCAUUUUGUAUACGUAGCCAUUUUAUUUAUUUACAUAUAGUGCCAGAUGAAGCUAAUAAUAUAAGGUGGAAUUGGGUUUGAGGCUGCAAAAACAUGCAUGUGUAUUUUGCUGUUCGCCCUCUAGUGGUAAAAAAUGAUUACUGUCCCUUUUAACAGGGGAGAUUUCGCAUAAAUGAAUGGAAAACAUUAUUCACUCAAAUGAAGGAAAAUGUUGCCUUUAUCUUGAUCUGCACCAAAAUGUUGUGGUUGGUUGCCCUGCUAACUAACACUGAUGAAGACUCCAUUGGCCGAGAACAGACUCUACCUUAAACGUUGACUAUUGUAUCACUCUCACCAGUGAGGCAUCAGGUUUCCGAGUGGGAACUUCCUGCGCCCACACUCGGAGAUGCGAGACAAAGAGAGGAAAGGUGUAGCAUCCUUGCUGCUGCACUCAAUGGCAACUCCUUCUUUGACUGGAAUGUUUAUUUUCAAUGCAGGGUCCACAUGUUUGCGUGAAAUCCGCUUUAUUAAAUGUGUGACAUCAUCACACUUCAGUUCAAACGUUAGAUUUUCCAGUGUGUGACAUCUUUCCCGGUGUAAAAGGAUUAUCUGGGCCCCCAUUUAAUGUUGGUGAGGCCUUGAAACUGUCUUUUCAGGGCCUGUCUGUCAGACCACUCCGAGUCCAGGUAUGUGUCGUCGUCGGCUUCUUCUAAUUUCUAUCAAAAUGGAUCAAACGGCGUUAAAAAUCUGAGUCAUGUAUGAGCGUGCAGGUGUUUUUGCUCACCUUGAGCUCCUCCUGCCUCCUGUAGUAAUGCAGCAUCAUCUGCUUAUGUUGCUCAUCGCUCACCAGAGGCUCCCUCGCUGGCGCCCCCUGUCCUUUCUGCAGGGAGCAGCGGGACACCAAGCUUAAAGGGGAGCCAUUAUGCUCAUUUCGGCCCUCUGUAUUGAGACGUGGACUCCUAUAGAGCAGCGACACAUGACGACCCGCAGAUCUUCCGGAUUCCAGCAGCGUUUCAUGGAGUUCUUGCUUCCCACCCAAACUGUUUGUUUAAUUUAUGUGAUUGGUCACACUCCCAAGUGCUCCCAAGGACUUCCGGACAGCUGCCGAACCCAUUUUGUAUGAUGACACUGAUAAAUUGUUACUUAAUGCUUGCUCUUCAACACGACCGAGUAAUGUUGGAAGAGUGUCAGACUUCAGCAACAGUUUGGCGGAUUGUCCAGCUUCAUAGCGUCCAGCUUUCACUAAACAGCCCCGUGUGUCGUUGACAGAUGAGAAUAAUUGGCACAAACCUCAUGAUCUGAUGCUUUGGCAUCGUUUAACAUCAGAAUCCAACAUUCGAACUACAUUUAUUGGUCACCAAAGAGGAAAAGGAUAAUAGGUCCCCUCUAAACGCAUCUUUUUUUUUUUUUUUUUAAUGAGAAUAACCUAGUCUCACCUUUUGGAUUUUCACCACAAGCUUGGUCUUGUCAUUCUUGCCAAUGUAGUCCUGCAGCUUCUUGCCUCUUUGUAUCUCUUUGGCAGCCCACCAUAGCUGGCACUCCUCCUCCUCCAGCACCUGGAGUGACGCCUGGGGUCGGUAAAAGAGGGCAAAGGAAGUUCGGGUGAUUCUGGAUCCUCGCGAGUCAGAGUGGGGGAGUCGGUACUGACCUGCGUCCCUGAGAGGUCCUCGCGGUCUUCAAACUCCAUCCGUAUGGGGUCAUGAGGGGGCAGCCCCAUAGGGUACACAAUCAUGGUGGCCCCCCUGAGCUGGUCCAGGCCUUCUUUCACCAUCGCCAUGGUGACGCAAACAUUGGCUUCCGCUUGUUUCUUUAAGGAGGAAAAGAGUCAAAUGAACAUUUGAAGUAGACAUGUCCACUUUUAGAAUGAAGCCGUACUCACUUUGGAGAUGAGCGCUUUGACCUCGUCCACCGUUUUAAGUAACACUUCUUUCAUUUUGUCAUUUGGAGCUAACACGGAGCAGAAAUAAAUCAAUAAAACAACAACUUUCAUCGAUCAAAUGUGAGAACCAACCAUGUCCGUUCCGCCUGCCGAUGUCAUCCUUCUUGAAGACGGCGCCGCCGCUGGGCACGCACUUCUCCUCCCACUCGUCUUUCAGCUUCAGCUCCACGAUCUGCUCGUCCGUCAGGCCUUGCAUGUUUGGAGGGAGUGUGAUGCCAUGCUCGGCCAGCUCGGUCAGCUCUAAAGGAAGCACCCAAUAUCAAAGGCAUUGCAGUAUUUUGCAUGUCAUUCCAGAACAAGAUUUAAGGUGACCGACAGGGGAGAACACGCUGCAAAGGUGUCCAAACCACGGCAGGCACCAUUUUGCUACAUAAACACACAAAACUAAUGCUUAAGUAAAGUGCUGCAUAUGCCCAAACCACACAAAACCCCAAAACAAGUGCAUGAGGGAAAUGCCUACAUGAGUAAAAGGGUUCCUUACCUGAACAUAUGCGGCCCACUUUGAGUCUUCCGUUAUAAAUGGCCGUGAUUUCCUGUAGCAGAACGUCCACGGGGGCGUCCACACUGGCGGCCAAGAGAAACUGACUCUCAUCUCCGCGUUUCACAUGCAGAAUCACCAUUUUGUCCCUAAAGACAAACACCAAAAAUAAAGAAAGGUUGUUGAAUAAAGGUGCACGUGUCUCUGGUGGACCGACUGCUAUCACGGAUACACAACAACAAUGUAACCAUAGCAACAGCCCCGCCUCUGCAUUCUAGAAUGUACUGAGAGGCAAGCAUGCUAGCUCACUUCGGCUAAUCGAGUAACCCACCUUGAUAAUGAAACAAAAGCAACAUAAAUGUAUCUUCUC